UUGGUUUUAACUCAACUUGCUGUCAACCCGGAAAGAGGCUGCGCUCGGGACACAGGGCUCGGCUUGGCGCGCGGAGCUUUCAUCUGUUUUCGCGGAUAAAUGAGUGCGCAUUGUGCGUGCAUUGUAUGCUGAGAGCGCGCUGAACAACACGCACACGGCGGAACGCGGAUGACUCACAAGCCUUUGGGAUUUUGGAAGUGAAAUCUGGGACAUGCCUUACCUGGACAGACUAAAUCGCACCUGUGGAUUCCUGGAUAUCGAGCAAAAUGAGAACAGCGAUAAGUUUUACCGGCGCUAUUUUAUCUUGGAUACUAAUGAGAAUUUUCUCCUAUGGUAUAUGGACAAUCCACAGAACUUGCCUCCGGGAACAAAGUGCGUUGGAAGUUUGCGACUUAGUUACAUUUCAAAGGUUAAUGAAGCAUCAGUAAAGCAGAAACCAAAAGCAGAAUUCUGCUUUGUAAUAAACGCAUUGUCCAGACGGUACUUUCUGCAGGCCAAUGAUGCAGUGGACUUGAAGGAAUGGGUCGUUGCUCUGAAUAAUGCCACCAAAAUUACAGUUCCAAAAGCAUCACCAGUGGCCCAAAGCACUGAUGCCACAAAUGUUUCAAACCCAAGUCAGUCAACAUCUCAGCAGGCGUAUAAAACAGAAAUUGUGGGAGGUGUGGUUGUGCACACGCCAGUCCAGCAGAGCGAAAAUGAGGACGUCUUCACGAGUGAUCUAGGAUCACACGUCACUUUAAGGAGAUGCCAAAGCGUGCGUCCACAUGUUGUGAGGUCUGGCUACUGUGUCAAGCAAGGCAAUGUGAGGAAAAGCUGGAAGAGGAGGUUUUUUAUUUUAGAUGACCAAACUGUGAGCUACUAUAAAUCUGAAAUGGAUAAGGAACCACUGCGUAGUAUUCGACUGCAGGAUGUGCUAAAAGUUAACGAGUGUCUUGUGAAAUCCGGGGAUCUGCUGUCUCGUGAUAACCUUUUUGAAAUCAUCACCAGCACCAGAACCUUCUACAUCCAGACAGACACCCCAGAAGACAUGAAGGGCUGGAUCAAGGAUAUUGCCUCAAAAAUUCAAGACUUUAGAGGCCCGUGUAAGAUACGCUCUUCCUGCAAAGCCUUUCCUGGACAGAGGAAGCCUCAGCUUGUGAAGUCCUGCUCCAUUGCAGAUUCGUGGCAGCCGUGGACCCCGGUGCCCAAUCAGGAGAAGCAUUUGAAGGAAGAGGGUCAAAGGGAAGGGCCGUACAGCUCUCUUCCCUCACUCUCACACACGGCCAACAUCUUUCAGUCAGCGACUCAACAAAAUCGACAACGGCACCAUUCCCAGCCUCAACUCGCUCCCAGCGACACAGACUUUCCUGACAGUCUUGACAAUCUCCGCUCCACUGAUGUUUAGUUGCUUUAAUGGAUACUGCUGGCCAGCACAUGGAUAGUGUUAUGAUUUUAGCCGUUUGAUUGUUGCUUUUUCUAUUCAGUGGUGCACACACAAGUGCUUCAGUCAUUGCAAUGCUGCUCACUGACUCUAAAGGAAUAGUUCGCAAAUUUAGUUCCCAAAUAGUACCUAAAAAUUCAGUCAUGGUUUACUCACUCUUCUGUCAAGCUCCAAAAUCAAUGUAUGGCAAGAAUUGUCUACCAUUGCUUCAAACAAUUGUACUUUUGUGUUCUACACAAAAAACUGUAGAAGAUUGAAAAAAAUUGGUAGUUUGGGGUGAACUAUUCCUUUAAAAGAAUGUGUCUUUUAUAUAUGUAGGAAUGUAAAAUGAGGAAGGAAAGAUAUUUUAUGUGUUGUAUUUCUUUACUGAAUUUCCCAAGACAUACAGUGGGGUCUGAAAGUCUGAGACAACUUGUGAAAUGCUUUUAUUUUGUAUGAUGUAAUAUAUGUGUAUAAUGAUUUUUUUAUCACAAAAAUAUGAGUGAAAAGUAAAAAAAAAAAAAGAUACAUAACAAUAAUGUCUUAGUAUUUGGUAGAUGACAUUUGCUUUAUUAACUUGAGCUGACAUUAACUGAUAAACAUGUUAUCCAGCAUGAUUUAAGAAUGUUCCAAAGACCAUUGCUUAUUUUGCUCGGUUUUACAUUAGUUGCUUUACAUCAGAUAUGAAAAAUGUACAUUUCAAGAUUCAAAAACCUCGAUUUUCAGUGUGGUCUCAAACUUUUGGACCCGCUUGUACACUUGAAAGUAUUGUUGGUACGUGUGGUAGACUUCAGUCAAGGUAUCUGGGUAUAUUUUGAAGUCAUUUUGUUUUUAAUAUCACUAAUGAAGCCACCUGAAGGAUUAGAAAAACUUUGACUAGACAUUCUAUGAUCUUCGUGACUGAAAACGUAUUUUAAUAUCGAUUACUGCGAAAUUCCUUGAAAUGUUUAUAGAACUUCUCGUUUUGUUGUUGUGAAUGGUACUACAUGUUAACAAGUAAUGUUUCUGUUGCUCAAAGUACUUGUUUUUUAUAUGCCUCGUUGCUAGAUAUGCCUCAUCGCUUUGCACAUGAAAUAAACCAGUCUUUGAAGGAAAAAAUGA